AUGGCGCGCGGCGCGGCGUCGUCGAGCGUCGCGACGGUGGAGCUGGCGGGGGAGAUCGAGUCCGUCAUGGGCCAGCCCUGGGCCGUCAUCGACAGCAUGUCCGAGUUCUUCGAGACGGAGCACCUCGGCGCCAUGGUCGACGACUGGGCCAAGGCCGGGAGCCUCAUGUUCGCGCUGCUGCGGAGCUACUGGUACGACCCCGCCAUCUACAUGAUGUAUAGCGGGUUCCGCGACGGCACGUUCCUCGGCAUCUACAACGUGCAGGACGAGGACGAGGCGCCGCGCAUGACGUUCCUGCCCGGCUACAACUGCAGCUGGAACUACACGAAGGCCUGCGGGGCCGCCGACGAGCCCUGCGAGGCGGGCUACAAGGGCGCGAACCCGGCGUGCCGCGCCUACUUCGAGGUCGCGCGGUCCGACGGCUCCGCGAACUGCUCGGGCUGGCGCACGGCGACCAAGGGCUGCGAGUCCGCGUCGAGCGAGGCGCUGGGCCUCCUGGACUGCGUCCUCGAGGACGAGGCCUACAAGUUCGCCGUCUACGACCCGCGCAUGCGGCCCUGGUACCUCGCGGCCGCGGACGCGCUCGCGGCGACGGGCGACGUCUACAGCUGGAGCGACGUCUACUCGUUCACGUCGACGGGCGACCUGGGCAUCACGGCGACGCGGGUCUACUCGCUCGGCGACGACGCCGAGGCCGAGGGGACGUCGUCGGUGGACUUCGUCCUGGCGGGCCUCGGCGACCUGCUCGAGGAGGCGACGGACGAGGCGUCCGUCGCGUUCCUCACGGAGCGCGACGGCGCGCUCCUCGCCGUGUCCGAGGGCAACAUCACGGACGGCGACGGCAACCGUCUAAACGCCGUCGACUCGACGACGCCGCUGAUCGCGGCGGCCGCGGCGCACGCGGCGAGCUUCGGCCCCGCGGACGCGGUCGUCACCGUCGACGACGGCGGCGUCGAGGCCAAGUACUGGUACCACACGGCGCUCGUCGAGGACGACAAGGGCCUGGCCUGGAACCUGACGGAGCUCGUGCGCAUCGAUUGCGGCACGGACUACUACCUCGACGAAGCGAACCUGCUGUGCAGAAAGUGCGCGUACCCGGCGCGGACCGUCGACGACGCCGCGGGCGGCGUCUACACGUGCACGGCCUGCUUCCCGACCUUCUACGCGGCGACGGACGCCUCCGGCGACGCCUACUGCGAGGCCUGCCCCGAGGGCGGCGUCUGCGAGGGCGGCGCGGACCCGCCGUACAACCAGGCGGGCUACUGGGGCGACCCGGAGUUCCCGACGUCCUACUACCCGGCCGAGGGCUCCGACACGAACUUCGAGUGCUUCGCGGGGUACCGGGGCCGCAUGUGCCACACGCUCGACAGCCCCCACUACUACAUGAUCGGCGACCUGGGGCCCUUCGCGUGCCCGGACUCGGCGGACCUGCGCUGGUUCUCGGUCGUCGGCGGCUUCGGCAUCGUGCUGAGCAUCUGGGUCUUUCUGAACAAAUAUCUGCUCGAGGUGUUCCCGUCGCUGGACCUGAUGACCUACUUCAUGCAGCUGCUGGCCAUCAUCUGCCGCUUCAACUACGACUACGCGCCCAAGGGCACGGACUACUACACGCUCCUCCUCGACAUCGCGCUCUUCGACAUCGACAUCCUGAAGCCGUCCUGCGUCAUGGAGUGGAGCUUCACGCGGUCCGUCGUCGCGCAGUUCGGCGUCGUCAUCGUCGGCGUGCUCGUGAACUUCCUGCCCAUCGCCUGGACGCUCGCGAAGAAGCUCUGGGCGGAGCGCGACUUCCGGUCGCUGUCGAAGCUCCGGGGGAGCUUCCACUACUACAACGGCUGCGUCGGCGAGCGGGCCUUCGCCGCGGGCGCGUCGGUCCUCGCCCUGCUCGACAUGCAGCAGACGACGAUGGCCUUCAACGCCUUCGAGUCCAUGCCAGCGUCCAUGCGGUGCGACACGUACGCCGGCUACGACGAGCCGUUCAUGCGCGAGCAGCCCGACGAGUCCUGCAAGGGCGGUUUCGCCAAGGGCGUCAUGGGCUUCGGGAUCCUGACGCUCGUGGUCUUCGUCAUGGGCGUGCCCCACAUGACGUUCCUGAACAUCGAGUACGAGUCCCGCGCGCACGGCGGCGUGCACAACGCGCACGUCCAGGACCUGCUGGGCUGGAACUUCGGCGCGUUCCGCGCGCCGCACCACUCCUGGCGCAUCCGGCGCCUCUACCUGAGCGUGAUCAUCUGCGCGGCGGCGACGAUCUUCGACGACCCCGCGGUGCAGAUCGCGAUCGCGCUCGUCGCCGUGCUCGAGUCGUACGCGUCCCACCUCAAGUGCCAGCCCUACAUCAACCCGAACCUGAACGCGCUCGAGACCGUGGGCCUGCGGCUCGUGGCCCUGACCCUCUUGAUGGGCAUCAUGCGCGCGGCGAACCGGAGCUCGCGCUUCCAGAACGCCUGGUUCGUCGUCGUCAUCGCGGGCCAGUGCUACCACUUCGCGCGCUGCGUGCAACAGGCGACGAAGGAGAGCGGCCGGCGCGGCGCCGUGCUGCGGGCGAAGCACCGCCUGAAGAAGGCCGUGCUGGGCGAGUACGACACGCCAGAGGCGCGACAGAAGCGCGCCUCGAAGAAGGGGCCCGCGAUGCAAAGAUUGAAAGAGGGCGUCGUCCGGCGCGCGAAGCGGCUGUCGACGAUGGUCGUCGAGAUGGUGUCGGAGGAGCCCCUGACACCCGUCGACGCCGCCGAGCCGGCGAUGGAGGCCGCCGUCGACGCCGCCAUGGAGAUCUCGAACUCGUUCUCGCCGCUCGCCUGGAACGCGUGGGUCACGGCGAAGCGCUACGACGCCGCGGGCGUGAAGCGCAUGACGGCCGUCGCGGAGCAGUGCAAAUACAUUUUGUCGGACGUGUCCUGCACGUCGGUCUACUCCGCGGACGACCGGUCCAUGUACUGGAACAACAUCUCGCGCCACUUCCCGGGCAUCAUCGACUUCGUGACGACGCUCGAGCCGUCGGAGCGGACCAUCUUUUUUGGCAUCAUGUGCCGCCUCCAGCGCUACGUCGCCUCGGCGAAGCACGAGGACAUCAGGAAGCGGCGCUACUACGACGUCGUCAACAUCGAGGACCGGCCGUCGAUGCUCUACUACCUCUGCGCGUGCAGCGGGGACCAGUUCGCCGAGGUGAGCCGGCUCCUGGGCGACGUCGUCGAGGAGCUCGAGAAGGCGCCGCCGGCCGUGUCCAUGCAGCUCUUCCACCUGCCCGCGUCGCUGCAGAGCGACGCGGCGAAGAACCUCUUCGUGCCCCGCGAGGAGAGUGACGGGUUCCACGCCAAGGUCUACCGGAGCUUCUCCAUGUCGUCCAUCGAGUCCGCCACCGACGCCCUCGUGGGACGCAUGGAGAGCGUCCUCGAGACCGAGGGCGCGGGCGACGACCACGUCGACCGCGCGGCGAAGAACCAGCACUACUUCGACCGCAUCGAGCAGCGCGCCGUCAACCACACGCGCGCGGUGCUCCAGAACCUCGGCGCCUCCGAGGCCCGCGCCGGCGACGCGGCCGAGGACAGCUUCAUCGACGACGGCGACGUCGUCCCGCGGAGCGACAGCGACGCGAGCCUGCUCGCGCCCGCGCCGAGCGCCUUCUCCGCGGCGCUCUCCAUCUUCAGCUGCGGCAUGGCGCCCGGCGCGUCGCCCGGCGGAGCCCCGAGCACCUAUACACGCAUCUUCACGCGGAACGCGUCCUUGGCCUCCGAGUCGACCUGCUCCGACGUGCGCGUGCCCCAGACCGCGCUGUCCAAGUUCGCGACCGCGAAGAUCAUGAUGGGGAUGUUCGUCACGUACAUGUUCACGGUCGUGACGACCAUGUUCACGAGGAGCCGCCCCCAAGUACCGAGCUCCGUCAGGAGCACGAUGGGCACGACGGCCAUGAGCAGGGGCACGAGCACGCCCGUCGGGCCGACGAACAUGAGCACCAAGAGCACCGUCGCCCAGCCCAAGAACACGAAGAGCGACGCCAUCGCCGCGUUCGUGUACACUCUGUCGCCGUUCGUGCGCUCCGCGACCAGCAAAAAGUAA